AGGUAUUGGCAGAGGUCUCUGGAUCAGAAUUGGUUCUGAAGAGCUGUGUUUACAAGACCUCAUCUACAUGCAGAUAGUUGAUUUCCAUCCUUUGGCUCUCAGUCUGUGGCUGUCUACGCGGAAAGAUUGGACAACAUUUGAAUUUGGAAUGAAACAGUAAGAGGCUACAUUCAUGGAUAACCAACAAGAUAAAGUUAUUGCUGCCUCAGCCAAUGGAGAAAACAAUCUGAUUAAUGGGGUCAAAGAAAAUGACUUAGAGGACCAGGAUGUGGCAAUGAAGUCAUUUGCAGCUCUAGAAGCUACUAUACCAAUCCAGCCAAUACCCGUGGUACAAAAAGAGUCCCCAAUGUUCCCCAGGGGUCUCCUACCUCUGCCUGCUAAGAAGCCGUGUAUGCAGAGCCCUCCGUCUCCUCUGGGCCUCAUUGAAGCACCUGAUCCUUCCACCAAUAGUGCUUCUGUGAAUGCUAUAUCCCUCACAUCUGGAAUUGCAAAAGGCCUGAACACAUGGUCACUGCCCAAUGAGUGUGAGAAAGCUCCAUUUGCUAUAAUGGAGCCUGCAGGCAUGUCAGCUCUGAAUGGAGACUGCCUCAUGCAGCCAAGCCGGACUUGCUUAGGUUGCUUCAUGGAAUCGAAAGAAGCAGUAGAUCCUGAACCAGGGAUCAGUCUGAAAGUCAGUGAUCUAAACAGAGAUUAUGAAACAUGCGCAGUCUCUGAUAUAGGUAUUCAAUGCAUUAAUGCUGGGGAAAACAUGAAAUAUGGGGAGCAGCUGCUUUCAGACCAGCUGUUAAGCUUUCCCCUGCAUAAAUCAAGGGCAGGAGAUAGGCAAGAAACUGAUAAACCUGACAUUGACUUGGAAGAUCCAACUCAGAAAAGUUAUUAUGAAGCGUUACUGUUAGAUAAGUGCAAUACUGAAGAAGCUUUGCUGGCAAAUUCUAAUCAGGAUUGGGGUUACUUUGAGACUUUUAUUAGUGAGAGUAAGAUUGAACUACUUGACCUCUGUUCCAAGAAUGAACUAUCUGUUAACCUUUUCUCUGAAGAAGAUGUGGAUAACUAUAUGUUCGAUGAUGAUGAGUCAACACUGGGCAGUGAUGUCUGCUCCCUCAAAAUUCGUUAUGAGUCCUUUCAGGACAAUGUUCGAGACAAGACCACCUUCCUGAUGCAGGAAGAUGCCCAGUUCAAUUUUUUCCCCAGUGUCUUUACUACGUGUCCCAAGCGGGAGUCCAAGAGCUCUGGAGUCCUCAAGCAGAGCAGUGACCUUUCUCCAUUCAAGGUCCCUGAUGUGAGCAUCCUCUGGGGAGAAGAAGAUAAAACCUUGGACAAGAAAAAAGACAAAGAGGAAGUACAUGAAGACAAAAGUAUAGAGAACAAAGAUGAAAAAGAUGAUGAGGAAAAGCCUGCAUUAAAUAAUAAUAAGCCGUGUAAUGGGCUUGAGGUAGAGCAAUUUACGAACCCAAAGCCCGACCAUCUUACUAAUUCCCUGGAGACAUCAGGGAAUUUCAGUGAUGACAAUUCCUUCAUUGAGGUCUCAUAUGAUGCCAUGGGGGAUAUCAAAGACUGUAGCCGCUACAUGGCUCGGGACACUAAUUCUGGAAGCUCAUCCUCCCAGCAGAACUAUGGGCUGCGAGCCAAAAGAAAAGUCAGAUACAGUGAAGAUUAUCUAUAUGAUGUUGACUCACUAGAGGGGGAAAAAGUAAAUGAGAGAAAGGAAUGGCCUCCUGGUGGUUCCAAAGAAGAAGAUGAUGAUGAAUGGUGUCCCAAAAAGAGAAGAAAAGUAACCCGUAAGGAGCCCCCUGUUAUUAUCAAAUAUAUCAUUAUCAAUCGCUUUAAAGGUGAGAAGAACAUGUUGGUAAAGCUAAGUAAGGUAGACGCCAGUGAGACAACAGUGAAUUUGAGUGAGAAUCAGCUCAAUAAGUAUGCCAAGUUAUCACCUUUGAAGGGCUUCUGGCAAAAGAAGAAAAAGCAGAGGAACAGCAACACAGACUCCAUCAAAACACCCUUAUGCCAAAAGCAAAGCUUUGAACCAGGUAGCUUUGAGGUGUCAUUCCUACCACCUGCUCGUAAGCGAAAAUCUAAGCUUGGCAAUAGACACAGGAUUCAAAGGAUCCAAUCUAUGGAAACUUCAGCAAGUAAUAAGUCAGUUUCACUCAGCAGCAAUCAGAGACAAGCUAGUAAUCGCAAAGAAGAAGGGAGCUUAAAAGGUACAGCGAAAUCAGCACCUCUUGCUGCCCCAAGCUGUGCCAAUGGAUCACAUUUACAUGGCGUCAUAGUCCCAGACUCAGCAAAAGUGAAAGCCCAAGAUCCAGAGUUCAAGGGGCCAGAAAGGAAAGUGCUCAACAAAAUUAAAUUUAAAAGCGAAGCAAGAUUAAAAUCCAAAAAAAUCAAAACUGGUCAAGAAAACAAACCAGUUGUCCAAAUGAGCCCUGUCUUAGAAGACUCAUCUUCCAAGGCUAACUUAAAAAAUGAACUCACUCCUGGAACUUCAAACAGUUCCCAUCUGUCUGAAUUUCAUGAGACGAAGGUUGUUAAGAAUUCCACUUUCUUACCGACCACCUGCUCUUCUGAAAUGCCUCUCUCAUCUGCUAAUGUUGCCACUAAUAUACCUGUUAUCCCUGGAGGGUAUCUGCAAACACUGUUAGAUGCUUCUGACUUGUCAAAUAAUACUAACAUCUCAUACUUCACCAACCAUCCUCCAGAGCAAAAUGAAGGCAACCUCGCUCAAACGGAAAAAUCAUUUGAACCUCUCCAGUCUGCUGAGGACUGUGUGCUGUCCUCAUCUUCUGACUCUGAGCUGCAACAAUCAUCUCAUAACUUCAAAAUGGAAGCAAGCAACUUUGGAAGUAUGUGGCCCAACAAGGAUACAUCUGGCCCCCAGGACUUCAUUACUGAAGUCUCAAGGGAGAUAGCCACAAACCAAACUAGUGAAUUUGAAGCCUCCCAAGUUGUCUCCAUGGAGAAUAAUCUUACAGCUAUAACAUAUAGUCCUGUCUGCCUCAAUAGUGGUGACAGUGGUUGCAGCAAGGUUCUGUAUGCCUCUGUGCAGGACACCCAUCUCUCAUCUGAUGACUCAUAUCAGUUGUGUCACUUUAACAAUGGAGAGCUCUGCUUUCCUUUCCAGCAGACCCCAGUUAGUACAGAUGAUGAUAGCCGGCUGUUUAGCUUUGAUUUGAUGACUCCCCUUUCUGUUAGUUCAAGCAAUUAUUGUUCCUUAAGCUUGAAAUCCUGUGAAAAGGAUGGAGAUGAUGAUAUCACUGAUGACUUCCUGGCCCACUGCAGCCCCAAACUGGUGAUCCAGCAGAGUGUUGACGAGAUAGCACCUCUAAAGGAGUCCACUGACCUCCUCGAUAUCUCCAACUUCACUCCUGACAAGUUCCGCCACUCUUCCCUCUCAGAAAUGUCUCCACCCGACACCCCCAGUCUUUCUCCUCAGAGUACCAGAUGUGAGAGUAUCAAAACACUAGGAACAAUGAAGGGAUUCCAAGAGGGUGCCCCAGGAUCAUUGGGCAGCAUGGAGAAAAUGAAGUGGGACUGUGGUACCCUUUCACAACAAGUCCAAGCAGAUGAUGGCUUCACAUUAAAUAACCAUCAGUUUCAGUUCCAUAUGUUCAAUGAUGAGGACUCUGUUGGCCUGCUCCAAAAAAACACUUGCCUGUCAACAUUUGAUGAGUCAGCUGGGCAAAUUAGUACCAACAACAAAGUGUCAAAAGCAAGAAAGAAAACUUCACCUGGUAAGAGUGGGGCUGUGAGCCAAAGUUCUUCUCAGAAAAACAGCAGGAAAAAAUCCCCUAAAGCCAGCAGCAACAAAGGGGUUGAAAAGCCACCUAGCAAAAUCUCCCGCCAGGUUUCUAAAUCAACAAAGAAAGGGAAAUAUGUGGCUGCUGUCAAUGGAGAUAAAAUGCAAAUUGGGAUUGGCCAUAGUGGGGGUCAACCAAAUAGCACAUCCUCCAGUGGAAAGACACAGACUGAAUGCAUUCAACAUAGUGGUCCUGUUGUCCCUAUGAAGAUGCCAGGUCAGAAGGGACUUUCUGGAGACUGGACUUUGGGAAAAGAAAGCAAGCCAGGCUGGAAUGACAUGAGUGUAGUCACCAAUACCAACAACCUUCUGGAUGAUGACCAACGGGAAUUUCAAGAGCCUUCCUAUAUUUUGUCCAACAUUGCCUCUGGUAUGGCAGAUGUGCAGAGAUUCAUGAUGGCCUCCAUAGAGCCCCUUUGGGAACCCAUGGAGCAUCAAGGGAAGUCCAACACAUUCUAUUCCCCUGAUUCCAAUAGCCUAAAAUUAAAAACCCUCAAAAUAUUGUCUGGGACACCACAAGAAUCUAAGAAAAAGGUUAAUAAUGGGUCUUCAGGAGCUACUAAGAAUCACAGGUCAAUCAAAGGUGUGAGCAAAAGCAAUGGGAAAACUAUUGGUGAUCCUGGUCAUGCGGACAUGCCUGGUUACAGUGAGGACUCUCGAUCUGCCUUCUUUGAUAAAAAGUACAGUAACAUGAGCACUUUAGGCAAUAGUGGGCCAACACACAAAAAAUUAUAUCGUCACAAAUCCAGCUCCAAGGCCCUGAGAGAUGAGAAAUAUAAGGGAAAGCGCAUGGAAAGAGAACAGGUCCACAAGGAUGAGGUUGGGACAGCUUCUUUUGAAAAACUGAGGUAAUACUGCACCAAAAUGGCUGAGAUGAGAUGAGCCCUUGGCUUUCCUACUACCUGCUGAGCCCGGAGUUCCUCCUUUUUCCCUCUUGAAAGCAAACGUUUGCAUGAGAGACUCUUUCCCAUUCUCUUCUUUUUUCAAAUUAAAAAGAAAAGAAAAAAAAUGCAUGGAUAUCCCUGUACCUUAAGCCACCCAAAAUAUCAGGCAAUUUUGUUGUGGCUUGGCUAGGGAUAAGUUCUAACAGAGGCUACGUUUUUCUUCUAUUCAGCAUUAAUUUUUGCUUAUUAAGAAAAUAGAACUAAAAUAUGCUCUUGAAUGAUUUUUGAAAUGGAAGGGCUUUGCAAUAAAGACAGAUUCUGAACAACAUAACCGAAAAGUCAUGUAGACAAAAAGCCAAGAUCAUUUAAACAAAAGAACAUUAGUUGUCAACACAUGACAAUUAGGAGUGCUUUAUCUUUCUGCAUCAUACAACAUCUAGUAUGGUGUUACUAUAUUUACAUGGUAUGAUCCCUUCGUGGGACAUACACUGAAACUUCCUAAGAUGGUAUAAAUUCUUUGAUUUUUCUGCAGGGAUUCCAACCACAAUCUCCUAAAAGCAGAAACAGCAUUUUGGGCUUGACCUGUGUUUGAAGAAGAGACUCACAUUUGCCAGAAAGACAUUUGAUGUUUGUGUUUUAUUUCUUUCAAAAUAAGCUUUGUGGUUUGUAUGUUGACCUGUAAGUGCUUAAAGAAAAUAAUUUUAAAUUGUGGAAAUAAGUCUUUGAAAUCAAACUUUAAUCUGAUGUUCUGUGUAAAAGACUUUAAAAGUCAUACAGUUGCACGAGUAGUUUAUGCACUGUUUACCCACAAAGAAAAAAUGGAAAACAUUGUGCCAAACUACAAAUAAGUAACUGUACUGUAUAUAGUUUUACUUCUAUAUCAACAUUCGGUUGUGAGUAUUUGGGGGACUUGUCCCUGUUAAUUUACUAGAAACAUUCCAGUGAUUCUUGCUAUUAACCACCCCCACUUUUGUGGAUAGCACCUGUAGAUCACAGUGAGAAAAUAUGUUGUGUUAUACAGUUUACCAAAACAAAGGACAAUGUUUGAAUUGUGCCAAAUUUUCUUCCCUCAUCUCACAGAUUCACCCCACAGUUUAAAGCUCAUUAAUGAUUACUAAACACAUAUAUGCACACACAUAUAUGCAGUAUGUGUGUAUACAUACAUCAACACAUCCAUACGUAUAUUCUUUUAAUGUUUUAAACUCUACUAUCCUGUGUGGAAACAUGAACAUCUAAACAAGGCACAAUAAAGAUCUGUUCCUUCCAUCAUCUAAGGAUUAAAAUGUUGGAAAAGUUUGAAGGUCACAACAGCUAAGUCCAUUAGGGACAGAGUAUACACAUUUACAGAAUCUUGUGCAAGGAAACAAAACACCUGCUUUGAAAGUUUGUUUUCCAAAGCAAAAUAGCGGAAAAUAAUUUAAAGUACAAAGAUAUAUUGCUGAUACUUUAUAUCUCAGUUUUAUAUAUUUUAUAAUAGCCUGGGAUAAAUUAUAAAAUACUAUAAAAUUGACACUAAUAAUAAAUGAAAUACAUAGAUUGCUUUUAUUUAAGUAGUUUCCUAAAUGUUUUAUUCCAUUUUUGUCAAAAAUGAAUCACAACAUGACUUUAGUGUUUUUUAAAUGUUGAUCUUGCAAUGCCAAUUUCAGUGUAAAAAAUGGCAUCUCAGAUUGAUGAAAUUUUUCUUCCUAUGAUUAAAUACAUAUAAUACCAGGUAAGCUGAACAGUAUGUGGAAACAACUAAUCUAGGCCAUCUAUAUAUAGUCUGAAGAUGACUACUCUUUGAUAUCACACACUAAACAUAAAUCUCAAAUUUUAAUAAUUUUUUAAAAUCACAUUUUUGGUUCGACCCUCCCUUCCACUACUUAAAAAAAAAUCUUUCACAGUUCCAACAUUCCUCACAACUAGCCUUUUCUUCCCCUUUGUUCACCACUUGACUUCUAACAUUUGAUCUCUUUUCCUUGCACAGUUAAGGGCCUGUGUGCCUGAUGACUGAUGCAUUGUGGCACAGAUGAGAUAAUGGAUGUGAAAGCACUUUGUAGAUCAUAAAGUGCUAUACCGAUAUAGGGGAUUAAUAUUAUUAAUGUUGUUGGUUGUUGUUGUUGUUACUAUUCUUACUAAUAUUGUUACUAACCUAUUAACUUGUGAAUAUAGAGGCUGGGGUGGGAGGGAGGAGGAUAAGUGGGUGGGAGAAUGGGGGACUUAACAAAACAGGGAAAAUGUUUCAAAAGACAUUUUUGAAUAAAAUAUGAGCAACCUACCUAGUCAUUGACACCUAAAUAUAUUCACAAACAGAGAAGCAAUGUUUUCAAGUAGUCAGACAGAAGUGGAAGGGAACUUAUCAUGUAUAUAAUCUACACAUUUCCCAGUCCAUGAUUCCUUUCACCAGCUUACUCUACUACUCACAGCUAGGUAGUAAAAUGAACAAGCCCAUGAUCUAGAUUGUGUGUGUUCUUAGCAUCAUUCUCUUUUGUCUGUGGGGAUGAGUGUAUGAGAAGUCUGUGAAAAUAGUUCGGGCACAUUCCUAGACUUUGACACUGUGUGCAGUGAGCCCUGAAAUAAUACUUGUUGGAAAGGCACCAGACAAAACAAGUCUCUUGCCCUACAGUGGCCAUCCAAAAGAGAAAAUAAUCAAAUUAGGACACUUUCUUCUGUUUCUUAGUAUUCUGAUAGCUAGCUAUUUGUAUUAAAUACCAUGGCUACUUCCUAGGAACUGUUCUUUGUUUGGUUUUGGGUUUUGUUUGUCCUGUUUUGCAGCUUAAUUCUUGCUUAGAAUCACCAACUCAGCCUGUAUUGUGAUCCCCAAGACUCCAGACCUCAAAGUUAUCUUGCUGGUUUACAGGAAUGGAGUACUUUGUAACCAAAAAGUGGAAAUUAAAGAAGAAAUAAAACAAUGUUCUAUGAGUAUAAUGCAUUUUUAUAAAAGUAAAUACGGGAGCAGUUGUCCCAGAUUUUUCUUAAAGUAUCAUGAUGUUCAGCUUUGGAGAAUGGGGUAGGAUAGCUUGAAAGUGUUGGAAACAAUUUCCUUGUCAAAACUUUAUCAUCAGUCCUUUGGAGUGGAUACUCUUUCAGUUGCUCCUAUGGAGCCCACUAAGGGCCAAUUUUAGGGCAUGGUUCAUAUCUUUCUUCAAAGAGAACUGACAUUUUAAAGUACCUUCGUAUCGGCCUGCCAUGCAUUGUAUGUUUUUAACAUAUAAACUAGUGACUUGUAACCAGUCAUUUUGUACUGAACCAUAACAAGAAAGUGAGUUUGAGGAAUGAACAAUAGGCCGAGACAGAGAUGCUUAUUGUCUUCAGUACACUAUGCUGUAGAUUGUUGAGUACUUAGCAUUCUGUUGGUCCUCCCUCUGCUCUCAGAAUUGUUUUUCCUUCUGUCACAGCAUAGUAGGCCAAACUUACUGGAGAUCUCUUAUAUAACCAGCUGCCUUAGUGGAGUGAGGACCAAUGUAUGAAAAUAGUGUUUUUCCCUAUCACUGAGUUCUUCAAGUCAAAAACUUGGAUUUUCUUUGGUCUGAAAUUCCUGACUACUCCCUUCUAACCUCUCCUUUCUGAGAAACUGCUUCCUGUUAAUGCCUCCUCAUAGAGUCUCAUUUAAUCUUUACUUUCCUGGAAAUUAUAUCCUCCCUUUUUCUUAUUUCUUAUCUUUUUAUCAGUCUUAGAAUUUUUCUUCUUAUAUUAUAUUAUGCUCAAUCUCCCAAAUUGACAGUCUAAGAACUUGAGCUAGAGGCUUUCUUCUGGAAGGUUAGGGUACUACCUUCCCAGUCUUAGUCACGCAAAAUACACACACACACACACACACACACACACACACACACACACACACGCACGUGUGCACACACACGCACACACACACACCUCUAGGAAAGAAUGGAAACUGCUUUUUCUUGAAAAUGUGUAGUAACAGGUCCAAUCUCUUAUUGUAGUUAGGUGCUGUAAUACAUGGAACAGGGUGAAGAUACAACGUCCCCAGCCAAAGGUCUUCAAGUCUUUGAGGGUUGUGUUGGGACUACAAUAUCUAGCUUGAACUUGUGACCAUCCUCUAUGCCUCUUAAGUGUCUCAGAUAUCAGCUGCUUCACAUAUGCUGCUCCAUCACAGCUUUCCCUACUGACUUCUUGCUGCUCUGUGCAAUUAUGUGUUAAGGCCUUAUCUUUUCCUAAAUCUUUUCAAACUUUCUGCACUACUUUGUUUAUCACUUCUUUAGCCAUCUCUCUGAAGUCUUUGGUGCUAGGUGGGCUUUUGUGACAAAAUUUUCACCUUCUCUGACUCUUUUCUUUGCUGGGAAGAAUCAUUGGGGGGUGGGUAACAAAAAGGAGGGUGUGUGUGUGUAAGAGAGAAGCAUAAAGGAUGCUUCAAAUGCUGUAAUCAACUCUCAUCCUGUGUUAGUUCACGUGAGGUCUUGCAGUUGUAGAGAAUUUCUAUUUUAGUGGGUUUGAAUUAGUGUUUACUGGGUAAAGGAGAAAAACAUGUCCAAGGACCUCUUAGCUAAACUUGCUCUUACCAAGAUGAACUAGUGCUUUGGAGAUCCACAAGUUACAGAUGUGCUCAGAACGGUUCUGAGAAGUGGGAGUUAGAGCUGAGUUUCUAUGCUGAUGAGGUAAAUGGAACACUAGCUAGUCCUAGUUGUUGCUAGAACUAAAAAUGAUUGUUUUCUCCUGUAUGACUGAGAUGUUGUCAAAUUUAAAGAGUUUUCAUUUUCAUUUAGAAAUUGUUUGAAUGCUACCAUUCGUUACAGAAAUGUCUCCUUUUAUAAAAUAAAACUAAUGCAAGUUUUAUUUUCUAAUCAUAAAAUUCACUAAGCCAAUGUUAUGUUUAGAAGGCUUAGUACCAAAAUCAAACAUUUUCAUGACGAAUAGAGAUCUUGUCAACAUAAUGUAGGCCAGGGAUUUUAAUAAAGAUUUUCAAAGACCCAAGUAAAGGGAAAAAUUUAGCUGGGAUGUUUAAUUUGGGAAACACUAUAGUCAGCUUGAGAGUCCUCAAACAGUGUGAGGUUAUUUGAUGACUUAUGCAGGCUACCCUUUAAGACACAUUUUUCACUCAACAGUAAUCAGUAGCUACAGUCACGAAGCAGAGAUUCCACUGAAACAAUGUGAUACUUGAGGUGUACUCUCGGCUUGAGAAUCACAGCUAAAUGAUAAAAUGUUGGGGAAGAAUGCUAUAGAAGAGUGACUUAGCACAGAGUUUUAAGGAAUGAAUGAGGCUUGUAAAAAUCAGUGUUUGGGUAAAUAAAUACUAAAGACACAAAAGAAACACCCAUAUGAUAUGAAAAGGAUAUCUGUGAAUCCAACAAGCUCAGGGCUUUCUGAGUCUCAAAGACAGCCCACUGAAUAUGAAGAAAGGUUACCAGGCAUGGUGGCUCAUGUCUGUAAUCCUAGGCAGGAGAAUUGCUACAAGUUCCAGACCAGUCUGGUAUAUAGUAUGAGACCCAGUUUAAAAAAAUGAAAAUAUAAAAGAAAAAAAAAGGAUGAGGAAGGGAGGAGAGGAAGGAAGGAAGGAAGGAAGGAAGGAAGGAAGGAAGGAAGGAAGGAAGGAAAGAAGGAAGGAAGGAAAGAAGGAAGGAAAGAAGGAAGGAAAGAAGGAAGGAAAGAAGGAAGGAAAGAAGGAAGGAAAGAAGGAAGGAAAGAAGGAAGGAAGGAGAGGGAUGGAAGGAAGGAAGGAGAGGGAGGGAAGGAAGGAAGGAAGGAAGGAAGGAAGGAAGGAAGGAAGGAAGGAAAAAAGGAAGGAGAGGGAGGGAAGGAGGGAGGAAGGAAGGAAGAGAGGAAGGAAGGAAAGAAGAAAGGAAGGAGAGGAAGGAAGGAAGGAAGAAAGGAAGGAGAGGAAGGAAGGAGAUACUGAAAACAUUCUGCCUCUUUGAAAGAUGCCUAGUUUUACGGCACAAAAGAAAAGGACUGAAUGAAAACUAAAAAGGGGCCUUUUGUUUUUCAUUCCCAGGGAGGUAGAGAGCUUCAGAGUCUCCAUUUGGCUAGCUGUAGCACUGACUGGAGUUUGCUGCCUACAGAGUUUUGAAUGUACUUACUAGUCUUUAGUUUCCAUAGAACUGAACGCACCUCUUCAGUAAAUUAAAUGCUUUAUGGUGCUAAAGAAAAUGAUUAUCCCCAUUUUUCUUCUUCCCCAAGCCCCUUAAACAUUUAAGAAAAUUUAAAGUAAAAACAUUUAGAGACCCUUUUUAUGAAUGUAACCCAUUUCUGUUUGACACAUGACACUGCAACUUUAAAGUUAGGAAAUUAUUUGCCUUUUUCUUUUAAAAUUAAGCUUUAUAAAUAAUCUGUAGAGUCAAUUGAAGUAUAAAGCUUAAGGAUCACUCUUAAGACGCCUACAAAAUCUUGUAUAUUUUUAAGUGUGCCAAUUUGUAACAUAUUUUGUAAGUGUAUAUUUUUCUUAGAAAAGUGCUGUGAAGUGUCUGUAUGUGAGAGUUUUCCUUUUUCUGCACCAGUGGGUGCUAAUAAAAGGAUAUUUACUUCAAAGUUUCUGGUUUUAGAAACCACAAUACAAAGAAAAAACACUUUUGUUGGGAAUUUUGUAACAGAAAAUAUGUUGUGAAAGAGUGUAGUGAUCUUGUGCAAAAGAAAAUGAACAUUUGUGAGCUUCUUGCUGUUUUAUAGAAUUUCUUGUAAAUUAUUCUUGUAACACCUCUGGUUUUGUUGUUCUUGUUGAAAAAGUUUUAAAUAUUUGUGACUGAAUGUAUGGUGAAACUGUCAUAAUGUUACCUAGCUGAGUUUUGUUAUUGUUUAUGGAAUAAAUAAAAGAAAAGUUUAAAAUACUGCUUUAGAAUCAUAUGUAACAGAAUUUAAAACAUUUCUAAUUGAAUUUAUAUCUUAAAUAAAC